GUGCAGAGCUAGCAGAAAGUGGAGGGCUAGGGGCGGAUCUAUCAUGCAGCAACUGGUGUCGGGAAUGGCUGCAAUCACAGAGGCUACAGUCUCCGAACGAGCUCCCAACAUCAGCGUAGCCGAUACUCUGGAUCACGCGAGACGAGCGCUUUCUGCACACAGAGAAUGGCUCCAAAGGCGGCUCUCUUCGGACACUGAUGAGCUCGGAGGAGUUGGCUCUAAAGCAGGAGAGACGAGCAGAGAGCGGUGGACGGUAGCAGACGUGGAAAACGACGAGGAAAAUGAGCCGACGAAAGAACACGAGCAGAGAAACUCGGGAACCGUGACCGUGGAAGCUUCAGCCCCUCCCACUUUGAGGGGUCAGUCGUCGAGACGAAAGACUAACUCGAGAGUGGCCCCCGCUCCAGGCCUGGACGUUCUAACAGAAGAAGAGAAAGAUAUCUCAGCUGGUCCCCGCUGGACCACAGGCGCUGCAGAACCCAGCAUCAAGGGAGACCAUAGAGAAGAAGGAGGGGAGGACACACCACGGGAACCACCCAGCUCAAAGAGACAAAAGACGAGAUGGGCAUCUUCUGCUGUGUUUCCAGCCACCUCCAGCCCUUGUUCUGACACUGCGCCAACUCCUGUACAUCUGUUCACCUCUCGAUCGUCAGUCCCAGCAACUGCUCCUGAGCCCCUCUUCUCUCCCUCCCUGACAAUCAGCAACCCCCUCGCUGCCUGGGGCAGUCUCUCUUCACUCGAUAACUACAUGGAGUCUCUGGAGUCAGAGGGACAAACUAGAGAACCAGGAACAGAACACACUAGUCAAACUGCACCUCUCCAGGCUGCAAAACCCACCACUGGCACAUAUGUUUCAGAGAGUGAAAACACUGGAAAAUCUGAUUCACAUCCACUUGCACCAACAGAAGAAGUCUCGCCAGUUGAAAUUGAUCCAACAGAUGCAGUGGAGCAGGAGAGAAGUGGGUCGGAAAUGGUGGACAUCUCGGCCCUGCAGAGUGAGAGUACUGCCACUGUCCUGGCUGUGGGGCCUGCACCCAGAGACAGGCAGUCUUCGUACGAGGUGCACCAGGUGUCAAAACUGGAGCAGGCAGGGAGAGGAGUGAGAAUGGUGGAGCUCAGAGAGAGGGACCCAGCCCAGCUUGAUUCUACUAGCGACGUGAGGAUCACUCCCGGAGAGAGAGUGACUGCCACUAAAACACUGACCACUUCAGAGGCAGGGGCAGUGGAGGAUGUGCUGCCUUACCAGAGAGAGGAUAGCGUGUCAGCCAGUGGAGCUGCGGGCCAGCAAGCUCACCAAAUGACAGACACUGACUCUGUUUUUUCAGACAAUGAAGUUUUCGAACCACAGUCGCCACGGGAUCAACUCCUUCAGACUGAGAAAGUCGAGAGAGAAACUCAGAGCUUAGUAACUACCUCAAAUUCUGAUAAAAGUUUCCUGCCAAAAAAUUCAUAUGAAGACACUGCAGAGAGUGUUAGAGUCACUGAGAGGAAGAUGGGAGGAGAGAGAAUGAUUCUCCAGUCAACUAAUGGAGACCUCAGUUUCCAGCCACGGUUGACGUCCACUCCAACUGGGGCUGCUGCUCUGGAGGAAGCCAAAAGAGAGAGGGAAGGAGGCUCCGACAACAGGCAACAGAUUCUGAGGAAACUGAACCUCCCACUUCUCAAGGAGAACAGAUCCAAGAGUGUACUGACUCGACUGCCGCGAUUGAAAUCGCACACUCCCUCUUCUCCGACCAUCUCCACUGAGCUGAAGCUGUCGAGAAAGAGGACACGGGAACUGCCGUCCUACGGCAUCCACCACUACAGGCACUCCGGACUAGCCCUCAGUCCUCCCUGCCCUCAGUAUGGUGUCAAACAACCAGACAUCACUCCCGACUCAUUCUUAUGGCGUAAAAGGCUGUCCAGUGCUCCUGCUACAAACCCCUCCCCUUCUUCCCCUGUCCCUGUCAUUGAGCACUUUGAUGGGGUGUCGAGGGCACCUAUCUUCAAGAGCAUGAUGUCAUCGAGAAUGGAACAGGGUGGACGGCGUCACGCUCUGCGACACACAAUGAGCAGUCCGGAGGGAGAGGGAGGAGGUAUAAGGGGAGUCCCUGAAUUACCUCUCCUGGGAUCCAAGGGGGUGGGGUCACUGGAUGCCAGCGGAUAUCGAGGCUCCACCACCUCACUGUACCAGAUGCAGGCCGGGCCAGGCCCACUCCAUCUUGCUGCCAAGUGUGGCAAUGGUCGGCAGAUCCAGCAGCUGAUAUCAGAGGGAGAGAAUGUCAACGCAAGAGACCACGAUGGUCGAACUCCUCUCAUGUACUGUAUCCACCCCAGAGGAGUCCAUCUGUCGUGUGCCAGUCUCCUGGUCCAGGCAGGAGCUGCUCUGGACAAGCAGGCCUCUGACGGCUCCACUGCCAUACACCUAGCAUCUGCCAUGGGGGGUGUGUCCCUCGUCGAGUUUGCACUCCUCAACCAUGCCGAUUCGGACGUGAGGGAUUUCGAGGGAAGACUGCCACUCCACUGGGCCACACUGACACAACAGAGCAGCAAGUGUGCCGCUCUACUGCUCAAGCACUCCAAGCUGGAUAUCAAUGCAGUGGAUGAUGCAGGGAUGACUCCGCUAAUGUGGGCCACCUACAACAAUAACCCUUGGUCACUGAGUUCCUGCUGGGCCAGAGAGCUGACUGUGAAGAGAAAGACAGAGACGGAAUGACCGCCAUGCACUGGGCAGUACACCAGGAUGGAGUCAAGUGUCUGGAGAUGCUGCUGAAGGCUGACCACACCUACUUCAAGGACCACAGAGGAAGAACGGUGCUCCACCUCUCGGCUGAGGCUGGCUCUCUCACCGCCUGUGAGCUGAUCAUCAGACUCAGAGCUGACGCUGUCCACGACCUCGACAGAAUGGGGCGGACCCCACUCCACUAUGCAGCGGCCUGCAGUCGUGUGGACGUGUGUGCACUCCUCCUGGACAGAGGCAGCGACGCGGCUCACAGAGACCUCACUGGGAAGACGGCCAUCGAAUACGCCAGACUCAAGAGGUUUGACUAUGUCGUGGCUCUCCUCACCUGCCACGGAACGGCAGUCGCCGACUUUGCUCGGACCUCCAGGUCGAAUAGUGUGUCAUCGCUACUCAGUCGAGCCAAGAGUUUCUCAAACCUACCGACUUCCGGGGAUGCCCCUGUCAAUCAAGACGUAAUCACCGAGAGUUUACACGCGGUCCCUAGUAGCAGUGAGAGAGACAGAGGGAGUGGGGUGGACACAUCGGCACUCAGUGACGGAGCAUUCCUGGGAAGAUUUGUGCCAGACAAAAAUGAUCCAGUUCAACAUUUCUUUUUCUGGGUGGAUGCUGGGAGCUCAAAGCUCCACUGGUCUCGAAAGACGGACAGACGCCGAGCCCAAGAAGCCACAAUCCACGAGGUCCACAGAGGACCCAGCAAGGCCCUCCGUCGAAACCCGGCCUUCUCCCCCAGCGAACUCCACCAGCACGUCUUCUGGCUAAAGACAGAUUUCGGGAUCCUCGAUCUCCUGGCUUACAAUAACGCCUCCUAUCGAAACUGGGUGGGCGGACUUGCGAAAAUCGCACGUGGAGCACAAGCAAAAACCAGGAAAAAUCCACCAGACGGUGGCGAAAAUCGCAGCGGGGCUGAAAAUGCUGUGGCCUCUCCGAGAAAAACGGAAGCUAAGAAGUAUCGGUUGAAGGUGAAACGUUCAGCAGCAGUGGCACCGGCUCUUGUGAUAGAGAAUGAGAGUGCUGGCGGGUUGAGGGAGGGAUGGAGUGAGGAUCAUACGUGUGACUCUGAGGCCGAGCUGACCACUGACGACUCCAUAUCAGAGGGGUCUCCCCAACACGGAAUAGACGACAUCAUCUAGGCGGAAGUUUGAACAAUUGUGCACACCCACACAUGCACUCACGCACACACGAAAAUGGCAAUCGAUUGUGAAACAAAAAUAGACUGCUCCUGGUAUCAAAUUAGUAUGUAGUAUAAUGCAAA